AUGUCAUCGCACCCCACGUCCAGCUCCCCGUCGCCCUAUGAAGCUCUACCCUUGUCCUACGGAGAGAUACGCGUCCUCGAGGUCGCUGCCGCGAGUGGCGAUGAGAUCCUCGAGUGUACCUUGGAACGCAUUUCGCUCCUUGAUCAUCCCGUGCCAUGCUACGAGACGAUAUCAUAUUGCUGGGGACCUCAUCGGGACCCGUCCACUAUAAAGCUCAAUGGGCAUCUGGUAGAGGUGCCGGCAAGUUCGGAGGCCGCAGUCAGGCGCAUGCGACUCAGGGACAGACCGCGAGUACUCUGGAUCGAUGCCAUAUGUAUCGAUCAGUCAUCGAUGACAGAACGUAGUGCACAAGUAGCUUUCAUGGCAACUGUCUACAGCACCGCGAAGCAAAAUCUUGUUUACCUUGGCGAAGACCACAAAGACAUGGCUGUCAGAGGUAUCAAGGCUCUCGAGGACGUUAUGGACGACAUGCGCGCCGAGACUGCAGACUUCACCCUAGCGUGGGAAACCAUGAGCAAUCUCGAAACGGGCAGCUGGUCAAUCUCAAAUGAACCGUUCAGCGCGAGUAUUGACUUCGAAGCUCUUGAAGCCCUUUUCAGUCACCACUGGUUCAGUUUUGGCAAUGGCGUUGGCUUGCGCUGUGCCUCUGAGAUGUUCAAAAUCCUCUACCCCCACUCUCGUUGGGUAUCGACGCGUGGACAUCUAGCCACUAUGUUCAUGACCAUCCGGCAAUCCGAAAAGAGUGAGCCAAAAGACAGCAUCUUCGCCAUUCUGGGGUUACUGGACAAAGACACAUCCUUAGAAAACAGCCAAGCGGCAUUACUUAAGGUCGACUACACGAAACCGCUUUCUAGCGUAUUGCGCGAUGCUACACGGUAUGCCUUGUGUCAAGGAGGUGGUCUGUCCCCUUUUAACAUGAUCGAUCACGACUUCGAUGUGUUGAACGAUCCCCAAUCGUUUCCGACAUGGGCCAUUCGCGCAGACCUGCAACGAGAAGCUUGGGACGCUGUGUUGCUACCUAAUCAUUUCAAUGCUAGUGGCGGUCUGGAGGCGCCAUCUUUACUUGAGGAUGUUUCGUUUGGCGAAGAAGUGCUGCUCCUCGAAGGAUUAGCGGUCGAUGAAAUAUAUCAAACGACCGCUUCAUGCCUUAGAAGUACGUGGGAGACUUACGAAGAUUUCCACGAGUGGCUGAUCUCCGUCAAGGGCAUAGUCUUACGCCAUUGCAACAUCCCGAGUCAGGAAGAGCUCUUUCUAGCCACUACCUUUACUCUUGUGGCUGGCAGCACCUACCAUGGAAUGCGCGCACAGUCGAGCGAUCUGCAUGUUCUUGUAGAAUAUUUCAAGAGCUUGACUGUGUGCGAGAACGCUGGAGCCGCUGGUGGCAUAGGGAUCAAGAACGGCUUUGAUCUGGCAGUGACUCGGUCGAUCUACGACGAUUCUCGCGUAGACUAUUGCUUAGACCGCCGUUUCUUCGUUACCGGGGCUGGACGCGUAGGUAUAGGACCUCGUUGCAUGCAACCCGGGGAUGUGGUUGUAGUCCUAAGAGGAGGCAGAUGGCCCUUCAUCAUGCGAAAGAAAGGCGACGAUUAUUGGUUACUUGGUGCGGCGUACGUACAUGGCAUUAUGGACGGCGAGGUGGUGCAGUUACACAACGCUCGGGGCGGAUCAGAGGAGGUGUUCCAUGUACGAUGA